AGAUCAGUACAUGUAUAUGUGCUAUUUUUACAACCGAAGUAAACCUGAUCUUUUCCUACUUCGGACUUAUACCUCUGAGGAUCAAGCAAUCACCUACUGCAACUCUGACAGAUUUGCUGAUAAUGCCGCGAGAUUCUCACGUAGAAACGCGGCUGCGCUCGUGACUGGCGGUAACAAGCGAGGUCCUCGAGGUGCUGGCACCAUCAGCUGGGCCCCUUCCUAAAAUGACCCAAUCGCAGCCGUUCAGCAACCGCUUAAAGGAUUGAGAACGGCUAGGAAGGGUGUCAAAUGGAGGAGUUGCGAGGGGCAGGACUUACGGAUAACAUAGGCAACAACCCGGAGCAGCCAAACCGAGAAAUUCUCACGAUCUAAUAUGAUUCAACUAGUACACGAACCCUACACACAAGAGGCAAUCCUAGUAUCGGUAAUUCCACUUUGAGGAUUGUGAUCGGUAGUAGCA